GAGGCAAGGGUCCCGGAGCGCAUGCGCCGCCGUCCUGCCUGGCCGUUGUGGGGCGCGCGCCCAGGACCCCGCUCAGGCCGAGAGCGAGCGAGCGCGCGCGCGCUUGAGCGCGCCCCCGGAGCCGGAGCCGGAGCCGGAGCCCCAGGCCCUGGGUGUGAGAGUCCAGAAGGUUCGAACUGAGUCUGGCCUGACUGGAUCUUCGUUUGGGGCGCGCCCGAACAGAAGACCCCCACCCCCACCACACAAAGGGCUAUCCCCAGGCCCAGGGUGUGCUAGAGGUCAGAAGGGAGCGCAGGCUGGAGCCCACUGAACCAAAGGGGAUCGCCAGGCCCUCAGAAGGGCAGAGUCACCGGCUGCCCACACCAGCGACCCUUUGUGCUAAGCCGUUUCUGUCCUUGUCACUUUGGCUUUAGUUGAGGAAAGGACACCUGGAGCCAACCCCGGAGCUCUGAAGUGACGUACCCACCGAUGCCCAGCAGGAGGGGUGGCCAUGAGCCGGGAGCUGCGGCCCAGGCACUCUCCGCUCGGCUGGGCAAGGAGGCAUUGAUGGCAGAGGUGCUGCUGACUUUGCCAGACUAGACUUCAUUCCUGAAGAUGAUCCAGGGGGAAGACGGGGAUUGUGGCCAGGGGCCUCCCUGCGAGAAGCGCUACUUCCCAGACUCCCUGGAUUCCAGUGAUGCCGAUGCCUAUGAUGAAGGGCUCCUGGCCUGUGAGGACCUAGAGCUCAAUCCUUUCGAUGGCUUGCCGUAUUCCUCUCGUUAUUAUAAACUUCUGAAAGAAAGAGAAGAUCUUCCAGUAUGGAAAGAAAAAUACCCUUUCAUGGAAAGUCUUCUCCAGAGCCAGAUAGUGAUUGUGGCUGGAGAAGCGAAAUGUGGCAAGAGCUCUCAGGUGCCGCAGUGGUGCGCGGAAUACUGUCUCUCUACCCGGUACCAGCAUGGGGGUGUGGUGUGUACCCAGGUGCACAAGCAGGCCGCCGUCCAGCUUGCGCUGCGGGUCGCGGAUGAAAUGGAUGUGAACAUAGGCCAUGAAGUCGGCUACGCCAUCCCUUUUGAAAACUGCUGUACCAGCGAGACCAUCUUGAGGUACUGCACCGACGAGAUCUUACAGAGAGAAAUGAUGUCUGUUCCUUUCCUGGGAUGCUACGGGGUCAUCAUCGUGGAUGACGUGCACGAAAGAAGUAUCUCCACGGACGUCCUGCUUGGCCUUUUAAAGGAUGUUUUGCUGGCCAGACCUGAGCUGAAGCUGGUGAUCAUCACCUCUCCUCCCCUGGUUGGCAAGCUCACUGCGUACUACGGGAACGUGCCGCACAUCGAAGUGAGACAUGGGUCCCCCGUGGAGGUGGUGCACCUGCGCACGGCCCCCAAAGACCACCUGGCGUCGGUCAGCCAGCUUAUCUUUGAAAUCCACCACACUGGGGAGAAAGGUGACAUUGCCGCCUUUUUGGCCUGUGAGCAGGAAAUUGAAAAAGUCCAUGAAAUCAUUUGUCGAGAAGGUGCUAACUUACACCCAGACCUUGGGGAGUUGAUAGUUGUCCCUUUGUAUCCAAAAGAAAAAUGCCUCCUGUUCAGGCCAAACGAAGACACAGAAAAAAGAAGCCGAGGUCACCAAAGAAAAGUGGUGCUAACGACAAGCUCAGGGGAGUCUCUGCUGCAGGCCGGCUCGGUCCGCUUUGUGAUUGACGUGGGGCUGGAAAGGAGGAAGGUCUACAGGCCUCGAAUCCGAGCCAGCUCCCUUGUCCUGCAGCCCAUCAGCAGGAGCCAGGCCGACAUCCGCAAGCAGAUCCUGGGCGCAUCUUCCUCAGGCAAGCUGUUCCGCCUGUACUCUGAAGAGUUUGCCUGCGGGGACAUGAAGCCGCUGAAGACCCCAGAAUUGCAGGAGGCCAACCUGACAAGCCUGGUCCUUUUCCUGAAGCGGAUCGAUAUCGCAGGCUUGGGCCACUGUGACUUCCUGAGCCGACCAGCUCCUGAAAGUUUAAUGCAGGCAUUGGAAGACCUGGACUAUCUGGCGGCCCUGGAUAACGACGGGAACCUCUCCGAGUUUGGCAUCAUUAUGUCCGAGUUUCCUCUGGACCCCAAGCUGUCAAAGGCCAUCCUAGCAUCCUGUGAAUUUGACUGCGUGGAUGAGAUGCUCACCAUCGCCGCCAUGGUGACAGCUCCUGAUUGUUUCCUGCCCCUGCCCCAUGGAGCAGAGGAGGCCUGGCAGCGGAGGAUGCACCUCUCCCACCCAGAAGGCGACCACCUGACUCUCCUCAAGGUGUACAGCGCUUACCAGGAAGUCAGUGAGAACUGCGUGGAGAAGUGGUGUGCUGACCACUUCCUCAGCCCCUCGGCACUCAGGACGGCAGACGGCAUCAGGCACGAGCUCCUAGACAUCGUCAGGCGGAUCGAGCUCCCCUACUCAGAACCAGCUUUCGGCUCAAAGGAGAACACCCUGAACAUCAAGAAAGCGCUGGUAGCUGGGUACUUUAUGCAAAUCGCUCGUGAUGUUGAUGGCUCAGGGAACUACCUGAUGUUAACUCACAAGCAGGUGGCUCAGCUGCACCCCCUUUCAUGCUACCAGCACAUGAAGACGAUACCAGAGUGGGUGGUCUUCCACACGUUCAGCAUAUCCGAAAACAACUGCAUCCAGAUUGUCUCUGAAAUCUCUCCAGAGCUAUUUACGCAGUUGGCCCCCCCAUACUAUUUCAGUAAUCUGCCUCCUAGUGAAAAUAAGGAUAUUCUGCAGCAAGUAAUCAAUCACUUAUCCCCCAUUUCGACAGUGAAAAAGGAACAGAAGACAAGCAAAGAUAAACUAUGUGAAGAGUGCCCUGAAGCUUCUGGUGAACCAAGAUGCGUUAUUCAGUGACUUUCUGGGCUUAAUUCUAUUCAGUACACACUGAAACAGUCUGUGCAAUAAACACUCCAAAGUUAAUCAUUGUGAUGGUUUGUCAGUGUGAGCGAUGUAGAGAGAUUUAACAGGAGGCAAGACAAAUCACCCAGCCGAGAUAAUUUUGUACAAAUAAAGCACUUUGUACAUCAUUAAAGCAACCUUAAUAAACAGUCGUUGCUCAGUUUUUAAAAUUCCUAA